AUGUCCAAUUCAGAGACGAAGAUAGUUAAACUCAGUGGUAGUGAACUUAUAGACAUGCUUAGCGAUUUACCAGAUUGUGUUAUCCUUCACAUACUUUCGUUUUUAAACACCAAAGACGCGGUUCGAACAUGUAUUCUAUCGGUAAGAUGGAAAGAUCUGUGGAAACGGCUUCCUGCUCUUAUACUCUAUAGUUCACACUUUGGAACUAUCAAGAUAUUUGCCAAGUUUGUGUCGAAGGUUUUAUCUCUUCGCGAUUCCUCUGUCGCGCUGCAGUCUUUUGAUUUCUAUGAUAAUUGUUGCUUGGAUCCUCGGCUAAUCAAAAGGGUUGUGAAUUAUGCUAUUUUGCACAAUGUCCAUCGAUUAAGUCUCUCAGUGCAUUGUAACAUUGAACAAAUUCCGCCGAGUAUCUUUUCAUGUCAGACUUUAACGUAUCUUAAGCUUUCUCUUUACCCUAGAAGUGGUCACGAGAACAAAACAUUGUUUCCGAAAUCUCUUGAUUUGCCCUCAUUGACUAGUUUGUGUCUGGGGAAUUUUGUGUUUUGUGCGGAUGAUGAUGGACGUGUCGAGCCAUUUUCGUCUUUUGACCGGUUGAAUAGUUUGGUUCUUCAGAGUUUUACUGUCAGGGGUGGGUUGACCCUCUGCAUAUCAAGUGCGACGCUUGUGGAUUUGACUUUGAUUAAUCACUCUUAUGAUUAUUUUGAAAUUGAGCUUUGUACUCCAAGUGUUUGUACCUUUGCUUUUAUCGGUAGGCCGCAUCAGAAAGUCUUUGGGAGUGGUCUUUCUUAUGUUAAGCAUGUAGAUAUUGAUUCAGAAGUUUUGUGUUUUAAUAUACAGCCUCCUUUGUUACUACUAAGCUGGCUGUUACUUCUUGAUAAUACAAAAUCGUUGACGGUCACUGCAAGUACUCUUCAGGUUCUCUCCUUAAAUUCUAAUUUAUUGAAGACCGAGUUUCUUUCCUUGGGUAACUUGAAGUUAUUGAAAGUAAAAAUAAAACCACUUAUCUAUGGAUUUCGCCAGAGACUGAUUGAAGCCAAGUUAGAGAAAAUUAAACCACGGAAAGAAGCUGCUAAGUUACGAAAAUCAAUUAAAGCAGGUUUGGAACCAUUUGCACCCAUACCUGAUGGAAUAGUGGAUUUCUUGACUCAAAAUUCGCCAUCAGCUGAAGUUGAAAUCAUUGACUGUUCGUGGCGGUAA